GUUUUAGUUUUUUAAAAUUAUUUUUAAUGAGUGGCAAAAGUUUAAUUGAGAAUGGAUGGUUUAUGGAAAAAAAUAGCCAAUGGCCAGGUCAGGCAUUUUCCCUUGAAGUUGAAGAGAUAUUGGUUUCUAAAAAAUCUCUUUACCAGGAUGUACUAGUUUUUAAAAGCAAAAAUCACGGCAAUGUUUUGGUUUUGGAUGGAGUUAUUCAAGCUACAGAGUUUGAUGAAUAUACAUAUCAAGAAAUGCUUGUCUUUCUUGCACUAAACUCACAUCCAAAUCCUUCAAAGGUGCUUAUUAUAGGUGGAGGUGAUGGUGGAAUUGCUCGUGAAGUAGCAAAACAUCCAAAAGUUUUAUCUAUUACACAAUGUGAAAUUGAUGAGGUGGUUGUAGAUGUAUGCAAAGAACAUUUAAAAUCAAUGGCUUGCAGCUUCGAUCAUCCAAAAAUGAAUUUGUUUAUAGGUGAUGGUUUUGAAUAUAUGAAAAAUCACAAAAAUGAGUUUGAUAUUAUUAUUUCAGACAUCAGUGAUCCUGUGGGCCCAGCAGAGCGUCUUUUUUCUGUUGAAUUUUAUCAACUUGUACAUUCUGCUCUCAAAGAAGAUGGAAUACUAUCAGCUCAAGGAGAAUCAAUGUUUAUACAUAUGGAGUUGAUAAAAAGUCUUAUGGAAUUUUGUAAUAAUUUGUUUGAAAAAGCAUCAUAUGCAAGUACCUAUGUUCCUACAUACCCAUGUGGUCAAAUUGGUUUUCUUUUGGCAUCAAAAAAUAAGAACACUGAUUUUGAAAAUCCAUUGACAGUAUUUACAGAGGAAGAAAAAGAGUCUAUGAAACUACGUUAUUAUGACGAACAUCUUCACAAAAAUGCAUUUGUCCUUCCAAGAUUUGUUAAAAAGGAAUUAGAGAAAUCAAAACGACUUCAUUUGUUAUCAAUGACCAAUAAGUGAUCAUUGGUCCUUGGGGUGUAACAGCUAAUUAAUAAAAUCCUAUAACAUAUUUAUUUAAAAAAAGUAUUUUUUAACUUUGUUAUGAGAAAUGCUUAACAGUUUCAUUA